CCUCCGUUCCCUCACUCCCCUUCCUCUUCUCCCUCCGGCUCCGCUCGUCGCGACGCGAUCUCUCGCCGAAACCCUAGGCAAAACCCACCCCCCCGCGGCGGGAGAGGGAGAGAUGCUGCACGAGCUCCUCCUCGCGCUCCUUGGCUUCACCGGCGACUUCGUCCUCGACUCCUCCUCGUCCCCCUCCCCGGCGGCCCACCGCCGCCGCGCCGCGCAUCCGGAGGCCGGCGGGGACGGCGACGUGGGCCCCGCCUCCUUCCGCCUCGCCCCCGACCUCACCUUCCUGCAGCCGUCCGAGAGGAGUGCUAUCGAAAGGCUCAUAUCCUUGGGCUUUUACUACAGAGAACUAAAUCGCUUUGCAACCGAGUCUCGUGACCUGAGCUGGAUUAAUUCUUCGAUAGAUGUUUCACCAUCUCAUGCUGAUAAAACUGUGAAAAUUAAAGUGAGGAAAGGGAGUGCAUACAGGAGAGCAAUUGCCAAUGGUAUUGCUGAGAUUCUGUCAGUUUAUAGAUCAGCUGUUCUUCAGGUUGAGCAAAACUUAUUGUCAGAUCCUUUGCCUAUCCUGGCAACGGUAACUCAUGGGCUAAAUAAGUUUGAAGUUCUUCUGCCUCCUCUUCAUGAACUUGUUAUGGAAAUUGAGCAGAAAGACAUCAAAGGUGGACAACUUCUUAACUUUUUGCAUAAACGAUGCCAUUGUGGUGUUCCAGAACUGCAAAGCUGUAUCCAAAGACUUCUUUGGCAUGGACACCAAGUCAUGUUUAACCAGCUGACGUCUUGGAUGGUUUACGGGAUCCUUCAAGAUCAAUACAAUGAAUUUUUCAUUAGAAGACAGGAAGAUAGGGAUGAGGAAAAUGAAUCAUCUCAGGUGGAUGCUGCUGACAAGUUUACGCAGAAAUCAGCUAAAGAGGCAUCCCUGGCUAGUUGGCACACAGGAUUUCAUGUAUCAUUGGAUAUGUUGCCUGAGUAUAUACACAUGCGAGUUGCAGAAUCAAUUCUUUUUGCUGGCAAAGCAAUAAGGGUUCUUCGAAAUCCUAGUCCUGGUGCUACCUUGCAGGAAUCCAUGAACCAAAGUCAGAAUCUGAAAGGAUCUUUUAGAAUACAAAAUCACACAGGAGGUUCAGGUGCUCUGAAAGAUCUACCAAACUUCCCUAACAUAAGUGCAGAAGAAUUGUUGCCUCAGGCUGAAGCAGAUAAAAUUGACGCCAUGCUCAAAGAGCUAAAGCAUUCUUCAGAAUUUCAUAAAAGGUUAUUUGAGUCUGCUGUUGGUUCAAUACGAACAAUGGCAGCUAAUCAUCUCUGGCAGCUAGUGGUUGUACGUGCUGAUCUCAAUGGUCACUUGAAGGCACUGAAAGAUUAUUUUCUCUUAGCGAAAGGUGAUUUUUUCCAGUGUUUUCUUGAGGAAAGUCGCCAAUUGAUGCGACUACCACCUCGUCAAUCUACAGCUGAAGCAGAUCUCUUGGUUCCAUUUCAAUUGGCUGCACUGAAGACUAUAGGUGACGAGGACAAAUAUUUUGCCAGAAUCUCGUUAAGAAUGCCAUCGUUUGGUAUAAAAGCUAGUACUUCACAGAAGGAUCUACAGAAGGCCAGUACUCCAGAGAUUUCUGCACAUGGAAAGGGGACCUCAGAAUUGGCACUUGAUGGGUGGGAUAGUAUUGCUCUGGAAUAUUCUGUUGAUUGGCCACUGCAGCUGUUCUUUACUCCUGAUGUUGUGUCUAAGUAUCGGAAGGUUUUUCAGUAUCUCAUCCGAUUGAAGAGGACACAAAUGGAACUUGAGAAAUCCUGGGCAGCUGUAAUGCAUCAAGACCAUGCUGAUUUUUCUGAUUAUUGCAAGGAUCGGAAAAACAGCUCUGCAACACAACUACGCCGGCAACGCACUAAGCCUUUGUGGAGGGUAAGGGAGCAUAUGGCUUUCCUUAUCAGGAACCUACAGUUUUAUAUUCAGGUUGAUGUAAUUGAGUCACAAUGGAAUGUUUUACAAACUCACGUUCAAGAUUCACAUGAUUUCACAGAACUAGUGAGCUUUCAUCAAGAGUAUUUGUCAGCUCUAAUUUCACAAUCCUUCUUGGAUAUUGGAUCGGUGUCUAGAAUACUGGACAGCAUAAUGAAGCUUUGUUUGCAGUUCUGCUGGAGCAUCGAACAAUAUGAAAACAGCAGAAACAUGUUCGAGAUUGAUCACAUAACUGAGGAGUUCAACAAGAAAUCAAAUUCACUGUACACUAUCUUAAGGAGUAGUCGGCUUGCAGGGAGUCAGAGAGCACCUUUCCUGAGGCAGUUUCUGAUGAGGCUAAACUAUAAUUCUUUCUUCGAGACUACUGCUAGGGGAGUGAUGAAUUCAGGCAGGCUGCGGCCAAGCACUGCAGGUACCCAGCUGUGAUUCUACACGAGGGUGUUUGCUAUGCUGCCACUGCUGCUGUCACUAACCAACAAAAGUGAGGCCACUAUUUCUGUUUCUGAAGACUAGUGGUGUUGUGCGUGUAAGGUAGGGGAUAAUUUGUAGCUGAUGUAAAUCAUGAUACUAGCAAGCAUAUUAAUCAGUAGAAGUUUGCCCUGUAAAGUGUGAAGUACUAGAUCAUGAUCAUGGUUGUUUGUGCUGAUAGUGUGCUUGUGAUACCUUGUCCACAUUUCUCCCCCUGUCGUCUGUUAAUGCUAGCUUCGUCAACCUUGGAGCGUCAAUGCCAUGGAGACCCAGAUCGAUUCUGACAAGUGACGACCUGGGCGUCUGUAAAUUAUGGGUGUUGACCUGGAUUAAGCAUAGUCAGAUGUUGACCGGGCCAUCCAUUUCGACAGCUAGCCUAGAUGGUGAUGCCAUGAGGUGAUCCAUGACUGGUCUGAUCUAAACAGCCUCAAGCAUUUGGACCUGAAGAGGGAUGAACAUCUAAACCACAUUAAUUAAGUACACAUUGGCUGCGUUCUUGUGCUAGGUUAUUUAUAGAGUUUUUCUUGUAUUUUCCACGUAUGUUUUCCAACUAUUAAAUUAUGUAUUUUUUAAAACUUUCUAUAUAGACGUUCAUCGUAUUAUCUUUCUAUUGUUUAUACUUUUAAAUAGUUAUUACAAAAAUUAGACAAUCUU